AUGGGUCAUUCGGGGCGUGAGGAAAGGAUAAAAGACAUAUUUAAGGAACUUACGUCAAAAGAACUAACGCCUGGGUUGCUUUUGACACUGCAGAAACUAGCGCAAAAGCCGAAUACUAAUCUAGAACAGUUUAUUGCCAGCUGUAAAGCUUUGACGAAACUCAGCAGUAACAAUCCAAUCAUUUUUAAUGAACUUCUGGAGCUCCUCAAGAAUAAAUCUGAAGAGGACUCGACAGGCCCAAAGAAAAUCGCCCCUUCUAUAAAUAAGAGAAAGAAAUUUAAGAUCCAGUUAGACCUUGACGAUAAUGAAGAUGAGCUAGAUUCUCCAGUUCAAAAAAAACCAGCACCUACACGGACGUUGUUCAAGAGAAUAGAUAAACUAAAGGCCAAACAGUUGAGGCAGUAUUCGCCCACCGUGAAGGAUCCUUCUCCAAAUAGUGAACAGCAAACACAGAAUGGUCAUGCUGAAACGAAGGACUAUGAACCGACUCGAAGCGAAGUAGUUGAGGAGGACAGAGAAUGGUAUGAUAAUGAUGAUGAUUAUGGAAAUUUGGUGCCUGAACCUCUGUCUGAAUUGCCUGAGGAAGCGAAACUACUACCUGUCAUUAGGAAUAUCGACAACGAUGAUGCCUUACGAAAUACCGUUCAAUUAUACCCCAUACCACUCAAGCAAAGAAUGGAAUGGAUCCCUCCUUUUUUAUCAAAGUUUGCUCUUGAAAACAAAGUGCCCACUUCCAUAAUUAUCGGGUCCAUCUCUGAGACGUCCAGCCAAGUAUCCGCUUUAUCAAUGGUGAAUCCAUUUAGGAAUCCUGACAGUGAAUUUUCUGCGAACGCCAAACGAGGUAGUAAGCUGGUUGCCUUGAGAAGGAUAAACAUGGAACAUAUUCAACAAUCUCGAGACAACACCACUGUUUUGAACACUGCCAUGGGGGAAGUACUAGGCUUGGAGAAUAACAAUAAAGCAAAAGAUAAGAGCAACCAAAAGAUUUGCGACGAUACAGCUCUUUUCACGCCAUCAAAAGAUGACAUUAAACAUACUAAAGAGCAACUGCCUGUUUUCCGCUGCAGAUCUCAAUUGUUAUCAUUGAUAAGAGAAAAUCAAGUAGUGGUGAUAAUUGGUGAAACGGGCUCAGGUAAAACCACGCAACUUGCACAGUAUUUAUAUGAAGAAGGAUAUGCCAACGAUAGGGGGAAAUCUAUUGUUGUCACACAGCCGAGAAGAGUAGCAGCCAUAUCCGUUGCAAAAAGGGUUGCAAUGGAAAUGCAAGUUCCAUUGGGUAAGGAAGUAGGCUAUUCUAUAAGGUUUGAAGAUGUGACGGAUUCUGAGUGUACAAAACUUAAGUUUGUAACGGAUGGUAUUCUACUCAGAGAGACCUUAUUGGAUGAUACACUCGAUAAAUAUUCGUGUGUUAUUAUUGAUGAAGCUCAUGAAAGGUCAUUAAAUACAGACAUUUUACUAGGUUUUUUCAAGAUUUUAUUAGCACGUAGAAGAGAUCUAAAACUCAUAAUCACUUCAGCAACAAUGAAUGCGAAGAAGUUCUCCGCAUUUUUUGGUAAUGCUCCUCAGUUCACAAUUCCUGGAAGAACUUUCCCCGUACAGACCAUAUAUACUUCCAACCCUGUUCAAGACUACGUAGAAGCUGCAGUUUCUCAGGCUGUGAAAAUUCAUUUAGCAAACGAUUGUUCAAGCGGUGAUAUUCUCAUUUUCAUGACAGGUCAAGAAGAUAUUGAAACAACGUUCGACACUCUGCAAGAAAAGUUUUUGCAAGUAUAUUCUAAAAAGUUUGGUACCGCAAACUUUGAAGAGAUCAAUGAUAUUGAAAUUUUACCAAUCUACUCGGCUUUACCUGCAGAUUUGCAAUUCAAAAUUUUUCAGGAUCUACAUGGCACUAAAAGGAAAAUUAUAAUUGCGACAAAUAUUGCAGAGACUUCAUUGACCAUUAAAGGUAUUAGAUAUGUCAUUGAUUGUGGUUACUCUAAACUGAAAGUUUACAAUCCAAAGAUUGGGCUUGAUAGUUUAGUAAUAACGCCCAUAUCAAAAGCUAACGCCGACCAAAGAUCCGGAAGAGCGGGAAGAACUGCGCCAGGCACUGCAUAUCGAUUAUACACGGAAGAUACAUUCAAAGAAGAUAUGUACUUACAGACAAUACCUGAGAUCCAAAGAACGAAUUUGUCAAACACCCUUUUACUGCUAAAAUCUCUGGACGUUACUGACGAAUUGAGUAAGUUCCCGUUCAUUGAUAAACCACCCUUACAAACAUUUUUAUCCUCAUUGUAUGAGUUAUGGUUCAUAGGGGCUAUAGACACUAGUGGACAAUUGACUCCAUUGGGAUUACAGAUGGCAAAAUUUCCCCUGCAACCUUCCCUUUCCAAAAUUUUAUUAAUUGCAGUUAGAAACGGCUGCAGUGAUGAAAUGUUAACAAUAGUUUCCAUGCUUUCUGUUCCACAAGUCUUUUAUAGACCCAAGGAAAGACAGAAAGAAGCAGAUAUUGCUAGAAAUAAAUUUUUUAUCGCGAAAUCAGAUCACUUAACGUUACUUAAUGUUUUUGAACAAUGGAGGGCAAAUAAUUUUAGUUCGCAUUGGUGUAACAAACAUUUUGUUCAAUACAAAUCACUUGUCAGGGCAAGAGACAUUCGAGACCAGUUGCUAACAAUACUAAAAUCUCAAAAAAUUCCGGUCAUUUCCUCCGGUAAGGACUGGGAUAUUAUUAAAAAAUGUAUUUGUUCAGGAUUUGCUCAUCAAGCAGCCAAAAUAACAGGACUACGAAAUUACGUUCAUUUAAAAACUGGCGUAAGUGUUCAACUACACCCUACAAGUGCAUUACACGGAUUGGGGGAUUUACCCCCUUACGUGGUAUAUCAUGAAUUAUUAAUGACUAGCAAAGAAUACAUUUGUUGUGUUACUUCUGUAGAUCCAUUCUGGUUAAUGGAAUAUGGUGGGUUACUCUACGACAUCAAGCGUAUUAAAAAUGAUCAGGAGGCCACAACUACAGGCCUCUUUGGUGAACACUAUGAACAUACUCUGGACAAGGUUGAAGAUGAUAUUGAUAUCAAUAUUAGGAGAUGUAAGGAUAUGAGAGACAGUGUGAUACAGGAGCUCAAAAUGACCGACAAUUCAAACAAAGAAGACAAAAAGCAAAAAACGAAAAAGCAAAAUAUACUGAACGGCAAAGAAAAUUCAAUGAAACCUUUCAAAAGAAGGAAGCCUUUUUUUUAG